AGGGCGGGGCCGCGUACGUGACGGGCUAAGCUAGUUAGCGUUAGCGCCCUCCUGCCAAACCUCGCCGAACCGCGUUGCCGGCUGUCCCGCAUCAUGUUCAGAGCCGCCGUCCGACUCUCUGUCUCCGGUGUCCGGGGCUUGACCCGCACGACGCCCGGGUCCCAAGCUCCGCUGGCCUCAAGGUGCUACUCACACGGGAAGCAGGAGACAGAUGAGGAGUUUGACGCCCGCUGGGUCACCUACUUCAGCAAGCCAGACAUUGACGCAUGGGAGCUGAGAAAAGGGAUGAACACGUUGAUUGGUUAUGACCUGGUACCUGAGCCAAAGAUUCUCGAGGCAGCUCUGAGAGCCUGUCGGAGGUUAGACGACCUGGCAACCGCUGUCCGGAUUUUGGAAGCUGUGAAGCACAAAGCCGGACCUCAUAAAGAGAUCUACCCAUACCUGAUCCAGGAGCUGCAGCCUGUACUAGAUGAACUUGGUGUCGCCACACCUGAAGAGCUUGGCAUUGACAAACUGUAAAUGAAUAGCUGAGAGUGAAAAUCCCCAGGACUUGUACUUAAAUGUUUGCCUCAUACAAUACAUGUGAUAUUUAAUUCGGCCUUUAUUAAGUUCUUUUGCUUGUAAAAUAAUGAUGAACCUAAUAAAGGAAACUGUAUCUUUA